CGUGGCAGUGCAAUCCAGAAAACCAAACAAAAGGUGAGAAGAAGAAACCUUUAAUUCCAUAAAUAAUGGAACACAUCACAAAAUUCUUCUUGGCUAUGGUUCUUUGCGCAACAGCAUUGGCACACCAGACAUAUGCACAAGAAACAAAAGGAAAGGAGCUAAUCAAUAAGGUAUGCACAAUCUCCCCAAAUAGGGACCUUUGUGUGAAUGUUCUAUCAUCAGACCCAAACCGAAGUCCUGAUGCAGACCUCAAAGAUUUGGCAAUCAUAUCCCUCAGGGUUGCUGCCAAAAACGCAUCUGGCAUGCUUACCGAUGCAAAAAGGCUCAUCAAUGACGCCAGCCUUAACCCUAACAUUCAACAAGGUUUGGCUGAUUGCAAAGAAACCAUCUUGGAUGCAGAAAGCCAGCUGGAGGACACCAUUGCUGCCUUGUUGGUUAAUUCUAACACUGACGCUCAAGUUUGGCUUAAGGCUGCUUUAGCUGCAAUCGACACUUGCGAUGCCUCUAUUCCCGGAGAUGACGACAUUCUCUCCGUUAAAAGCACUGUUCUUCGUAAGCUGUGCAACAUUGCCAUUUCCAUUAAUGGUCUCAUGAACAAACCUGAUUUCUUCAACCAACCUAACCUUUUGAACAAACCCUAAACAUUAUAACCUUUCGUGUAAUCCUUUGUUUUCUUCGGCAACCUAUGUCAAUCUUAAUAAUAAUUCUUCCUAAUUUUAUUUACGAUAUUAA